UGAAGAGGGCACCAGACCUCAUUAUAGAUUGCUGGGGAUUGAACUCAGGACCUCUGGAAGAGCAGGCAAUGCUCUUAACCACUGAGCCAUCUCUCCAGCUCCUACAUUUUUGCCAGGUGGAUGUGGGAAGAGCCCUUUGCAGAAGUGAAAUGGAGGUCAGAGCUUCAUUACAGAAGGUUAGUGGGUCAUCUGAUUCUGUGGCCACAGAGAACAGUGAAGAAUUUGUUUUGGUUCCUCAGCAUGCAGAUGAUACUUCUACAAAGGAUGAUGGAAAGCCACGGCUGAAGAUAGCUUCCAAUGGUGAUGAACAGUUGGAAAAAGCCAUGGCAGAGAUUUUGAGAGAUUCUGAGAAAGGACAAAGCAGCCUACUUGUUGAUUGUCAGGGUUCCAGUGAGAUUUCAGACUACUCCUUUGGCGAUGUUCCAGCCGGUCAAACAAAUAAGCCAUCUCUUCAGUUAGUUUUGGAUCCAUCCAAUACAGAAAUUUCCAAACCCAGACCGUCUUCUCCAAGUGGACUUCCUGAAGAAGACAGUGUCCUAUUUAACAAAUUGACCUACUUAGGAUUUAUGAAAGUUUCUUCCCCACGUAGCGAAGUUGAGGCUUUACGGGCAAUGGCAACCAUGAGAGCUUCCAGUCAGCGCCCCUUUGCUGUUACACUGUAUGUGCCCAAUGUUCCAGAAGGUUCUGUGAGAAUCAUAGACCAGUCAAGCAAUGUGGAGAUAGCAUCUUUCCCAAUUUAUAAGGUGCUAUUCUGUGCACGUGGGCAUGAUGGGACAAUGGAGAGCAACUGCUUUGCAUUUACAGAGAGUUCUCAUGGUUCAGAGGACUUUCAGAUACAUGUUUUCUCCUGUGAAAUUAAAGAGGCAGUAAGCAGAAUUUUAUAUAGUUUCUGUACUGCAUUCAAACGUUCUUCCAGACAAGUGUCUGAUGUUAAAGAUUCAAUCAUCCCGACCCCGGACAGUGAUGUAUUUACCUUUAGUGUCUCCUUGGAGGUAAAAGAAGAUGAUGGAAAAGGAAACUUUAGUUUCAGAUGUUUUGGGAUGUUACUAAGUCCAGGUCGAAACGUGAAGAACAGUGACAUGCAUUUACUGGAUAUGGAAUCCAUGGGAAAGAGCUACGAUGGUAGAGCUUAUGUCAUCACAGGCAUGUGGAACCCCAAUGCACCAAUAUUUCUGGCACUUAAUGAAGAAACUCCGAAAGAUAAAAGGGUGUACAUGACUGUGGCAGUGGAUAUGGUAGUCACAGAGGUGGUGGAACCAGUUCGCUUUCUCCUGGAGACAGUAGUUCGUGUAUAUCCUGCAAACGAAAGAUUUUGGUAUUUUAGCAGAAAGACUUUUACAGAGACUUUCUUCAUGAGGUUGAAGCAGUCUGAGGGAAAAGGCCAUAGCAGUGCUGGAGAUGCAAUAUAUGAAGUGGUGAGUCUUCACAGAGAGUCUGACAAAGAAGAGCCAGUCACUCCUACUAGUGGAGGGGGGCCAAUGUCACCCCAGGAGGAUGAAGCAGAAGAGGAGAGUGAUAAUGAACUCUCAAGUGGAACAGGUGAUGUGUCAAAAGACUGUCCUGAGAAGAUCCUCUAUUCUUGGGGAGAAUUGUUAGGAAGAUGGCACAGUAACCUUGGUACCCGGCCGAAAGGGCUACACACUUUGGUAAAGAGUGGUGUUCCUGAGGCAUUAAGGGCAGAAGUAUGGCAGCUAUUAGCAGAAUGCCAUGACAACCAGGCAAUGCUGGAUAGUUACCGAAUUCUUAUCACAAAGGUAGGAUAUUCUUUAUUAAUAUUUUCCUGAUCAUUGAAAAACAUU